AUGAGCAACGAUCUGAGCCUCUCGAGGGCCCUCGGAGGCUUACGCAUCGCCAACCCCGAUGAUGCCACUACGAGUCCCACACGAGAUACCCCAAACGACUCCGAGGGGCCAUCUGCCAUUGAUUCAAUUGCACCUCAAGCCCUAUCCCAAACCCAGUCCCAAUCUCAGUCUUUAUCCGAGCCGCCAACGAAUUUAAGCAGAAGCCAAACGCAAGACUCAUCGCGUUCAGGGAUAGAGGCGGACUCUUCUAACCAACCAAGCCCUUAUGCGCAUAACGAAACUCUUGCUUACUCGAGCUCGACCACAUCACGCCCGGCAUCUAACCUCUACUCAUCCGCUGAGCGUGAUCAAGCUGCAAAUUCCUAUAACAUCCUGAGGACCGAGCCGUCGAAGGCAUCCAUGUACAGCAUACCCACGAGGUCAGACUCUAGAGCAAACCCACAGUAUUCAGUAGACCCCAGCAACAUACCAACGAGAGAGCCAAGUCACCGAGACAGAUCGUACAACCAGAACCGACCGAUACAUUUGCCUGUAACCACUGGUCCUCUCCCGCCCAGGAGAAGCUCGAAGGGUAUGGGGGGCGGAUACGCAUCUAUUCCUGGUGUUCCUAUUGCCCCGGAACCUAAAGGGGGCAUCCGCAUGCCGAUUUCAAACAGCAGCGAGGAGUGGAAGGAUAAGGGCGCAGCCGUUAGCGUGCGUCGUGAAGUGGACUCUCAUGGAAAGACCGUCAUGAAGCCGGUCAAAAAGGGGGUACGAGACUUUAACUUUGGAAGGAUUCUCGGUGAAGGUUCAUACAGCACAGUAUACCUUGCAACCGAUCGACAAACGCUUAAAGAGUAUGCCGUCAAAGUGCUAGAGAAGAGGCACAUCAUCAAAGAAAAGAAGAUCAAAUAUGUCAACAUCGAGAAGGACACACUGAACCGACUAACGGACCACCCUGGCAUCGUUCGACUUUACUAUACAUUUCAAGACGAGAGCUCAUUGUAUUACGUCCUGGACCUGUGUACAGGAGGUGAGCUGCUUGGGGUAUUGAAGAAGACUGGCACUUUCGACGAGGAAUGCACGAGGUACUUUGGUGCACAGAUACUGGAUGCUAUCGAGUAUAUGCACUCCCGUGGCGUUAUUCACCGCGAUCUGAAGCCAGAGAACGUCCUUCUUGAUGAACAGCUACACGUCAAAGUCACAGAUUUCGGCACCGCCAGGCUCUUGACGGACCCGAGGCUGCCAAAAACACAGGAGCCACAGAGACCAGAUGAUCCCAACGGGAAGAUUGGCAACAAGGACGACAGCAGAGCGGACUCAUUCGUGGGCACAGCCGAAUAUGUCAGCCCAGAACUCCUGAAGGAUAGGAAUGCUUGCAAGGCUAGUGACUUAUGGGCUUUCGGGUGCAUGAUAUACCAGAUGCUGGCUGGGCGACCGCCUUUCAAAGGUAACACUGAAUGGUUGACGUUUGAGAAAAUCAUCGGUCUGGAGUACGAGUUCCCGCCAGGAUUCCCCCCUGCUGCGAGAGAUCUUGUGGAGAGGCUCCUAGUCAGAGACCCGAAUAGGAGGUUGACCAUUGAGCAUAUCAAGAACCAUCCUUUCUUCGAAGGUCAAGCGUUCGGAAAAGGCCUUUGGCGUUCAAAAGCGCCUCGAUUACGUCCAUAUGUGCCACCUCCCCAGGAAACCAAGAUCAUUCAGCUUGGCACUCCUUCCAGUGUACCCGCGAAUGCCUCCACAUCCAGGCUGCUGCACCAAACUAAUGGUGUCAACGGCUCUAGCCGGGGUCCCGGGAGAAUCAUCACCGACAUUCCCCCGCCAUCUCAGCUUGAUAUUGAAUGGUCACCAGUUCUCACAAAAACCAAUGAACGGAUCUUGAGAUUGGGUGACUUAUUGGUUCUGUCGGCACCCAUACCUAAUAGCCCUCACACAAAAAAUGGUGAUGAUGGCCACAGGAAGUUUUCAAGAUUUUUUGGCGGCAGUACGACCAAGAAGAGACAACGUCUAGUCAUGGUCACCUCAAGUGGCCGAAUUGUUCUCGCGCCCGCAGGUGGAGAGGAGAAGAAAUCGAAACAGGAGAUCAGCCUCUUGGCUCCAGACGCAUCCUGGCGUACCCAGAUAGACGCAAAAGGACAGACUGUGUGGUGUGUUGACUCACACGGGUAUCACUACACAUUUGAAGAGGCCAAGCCGGCAAAUUCACUCGACCCCUCGAGAGUCUCUGCCAACGAUUGGCUGGAGUGCUUGGAUCAGGCCCGCGACAUGGCUCUUUCGCAGAAUAUGUCUGGACCCUAUCACAGCGACAGCGCCUUUGGCGACAUGUCUUCAUCAAUGUCCAGCCCAGCAAGUACAUUGGGCGGCAAUGGUGCAUAUAGCGAGGGUUUUGGUGUCAGCGACAGAUCACAGCGACAUCAACUAAGCAAGAGUCAAAUCAGUCUUGAUGACGCUGCGUCCACAAACGUGAAGCGGAACCGUUUUAGCAAAAGACAGUCCAAACAGGGACUCGGUUCGGCUUUCUAG